UUGUGGAAGAUUUAAGUACAUUUAAGCACAUAAAGCUAAAUGCUUUGAAUGGAGAAUUACAAGAAAACCAAACCAAAAACACUCCUUAAAACAAUAUACUUUCAUACCCAUUCUAACCUAACAGUUUUUAAAGUAACUAUUUCAAUUCAGUCACUAUUGCACAGUUUCCUUUACGAAGUAACAACAAACCAUCCACUUUUCUACCACCCCUUCUUUUUCCAAAAAGCGGCUCACAUUUUGGUUCACAGGUUUGACAUUUAAAGAGGGAAAACUAAAAGGAUUCUCAGGCAUCCCUUUGUGAUAAGUCUUUUAAAAGGCCACCACCAGCCAGCGCCGCUCUAACCUCAUACACAGAAGUUGUACCUAGUUCCUGUCACUUUAAAGCUCCGCUGACGCCACUCGAAUGUAUCCAGAGGGGAAGUCCCUGCUCAGGGAAUCUCCCGCCUGCUGCAGUGCAGGAUCCCAGCGACUCUGGAGGAGCACGUGGAGCAGCAGCAGCAGCCCUAGCAGCGGUAGCAGCGCCAGCAGCAGAAGCAGGAGGAUGGAAGAUACCCAGUCAACUGUGGAGCUGAGAAAUUCACAGGAGCAGCCUGUGUUCACAGAAGGCCAAGUGAUUUUGAAUGACUACAAUUCAUCCAAACCUCAGGAGGUAGAAAAUAUGGACAGUGGAGAAGAUAAUAAAGAUCAGGUCCCACCCAAUGAAGAUGAGGAUAUAGGAGAUGAUUCAAUGAAAGUGAAAGAUGAAUACAGUGAAAGGGAUGAGAAUGCUUUAAAGACAGACCCCAUGGAAAAUGCAGAAGAUCCUGAAAUACCUUACAGCUAUCCAAGAGAAUAUAAUGAAUAUGAAAGCAUUAAGUUGGAAAGACACGCUGUCUCUUAUGACAGCAGCAGGCCAACUAGUGGGAAAAUGAACUGUGAUGUGUGUGGAUUAGCCUGCAUUAGCUUCAAUGUAUUGAUGGUUCAUAAGCGAAGCCACACUGGUGAACGCCCAUUCCAGUGUAAUCAGUGUGGGGCAUCUUUUACUCAGAAAGGUAACCUCCUCCGCCACAUUAAACUUCACACAGGGGAAAAACCUUUUAAGUGUCAUCUCUGCAACUACGCAUGCCAGAGAAGAGAUGCUCUCACAGGUCACCUUAGGACACAUUCUGUUGAGAAGCCCUACAAGUGUGAGUUUUGCGGAAGGAGUUACAAGCAGAGAAGCUCCCUUGAGGAGCAUAAGGAACGCUGUCGCACUUUCCUGCAGAACACCGGCAUGAGUGACACUGCCAGCGUGGAGGCAAGACAUCUCAAAGCAGAGAUGGGAACUGAAAGAGCUCUUGUGCUGGACAGAUUAGCAACCAACGUGGCCAAAAGAAAAAGCUCGAUGCCCCAGAAAUUUAUUGGUGAGAAGCAUCAUUGCUUUGAAGUCAAUUAUAAUUCCAGCUAUAUGUAUGAGAAGGAAAGUGAGAUGAUGCAGACUCGGAUGAUGGAUCAGGCCAUUAAUAAUGCCAUCACCUACCUCGGAGCUGAGGCCCUGCGUCCCUUAGUGCAGACCCCUCCUGCCCCAACCUCAGAGAUGGUCCCAGUUAUCAGCAGCAUGUACCCCAUUGCACUUACACGCACAGAGAUGGCUAACGGUGGCCCUCAGGACCUAGAGAAGAAAAACAUCCACCUAUCAGACAAGUGCCUGCCUUCUGAAAGAGGCCUCUCUCCCAAUAACAGUGGCCAUGAUUCCACAGAUACAGAUAGCAACCAUGAAGAACGUCAGAAUCACGCCUAUCUGCAGAACCACAUGAUUCCUCCCCGGGCCAGGAAUGGGAUGCCACCCCUGAAGGAGCUGUCCCACUCCUAUGAACUUCUCAAACCCCCACCCAUCUGUCCUCGAGAUACCAUCAAAGUGAUUAACAAAGAUGGAGAGGUGAUGGGUGUGUUCAGGUGUGACCACUGCCGAGUCCUCUUCCUGGAUUAUGUGAUGUUCACCAUUCACAUGGGCUGUCAUGGUUUUCGUGACCCUUUUGAGUGUAAUAUGUGUGGGUACCGGAGCCAUGACAGGUAUGAAUUCUCCUCUCACAUUGCUAGAGGAGAACACAGAAUCAUGUUAAAGUAAAUAGCUCAGUUUCCUCUCAGAGAUUUAUAUAUUGAGCAUCACUUUAAAAAAACAACAGCAGCAAACAACCAGCAUCUUCAUUUUGCCAAAGCUAUACAACCUCAAGUGAUUUUCCAUAUCAGUUAUGAUGUAAAAAGCGUAAUGUCUUCAUUAACCGCCUAAGAGAUCUACUCUCAAUCAAUAAUUUCUCUAGAUCCAUGGUAUUUGUAUUGAGAGAUGGGUUUUUAUAGCAUUUUUUUUCCUCAGGGAUUUUAUAUUAUAGAACUGCAAACAAGGGAACCUUUCAUUUUCAUCUUCUAUAAUAACACAACUCAACUUUUUGUUGAAAAGUUUGUCAAACAAUUCUCUGGCUGUGCUCUAUGAAAGCUUGGAGAUGACAUCUAUCAUAAACAGUAUCAUAGUAUCAUAAACAGGGAAAAUUGACCUUGAUCAGAAAACUGACUCAGAAUUCUGUAUGCACUUAAACCUUGGACUACAUAGAUUUUCAGGAGGGUGUGAGGGAAGAUAUUACCAAUUACCAUGUAAAGAACAAGGAAAGAAUAGCAAUGUGAUAGUUUAUGUGAUACAAGGGACCUAAUUCACCAUUUGAAGACCUCAAACUCAACAUCAAAUUGACCAGCUUUAGACCAGCAGUAUGUGUUCAUCCUGCUUCUCAUUACUAUCCUUCCUCCCCCAAUUCUCUAAGAACUGUUUUUGGUUAAGCAAAAUACUGUGAAAGGAAUUAUAUAUAAGAAGAGUCAUCUUUUAUAAACAAAGACAUAUGGUCAUUAAAACAUAACAAAUUAUCCAUAAUGGAACUCAGCACCAACUUCCUUUUCCCAGAGAUGAGGAGUAUCUUAAGAGGGAAGAGAAAUGGUUCAGCAGUUUAAACAGUAGAAACAACUGCCUACACAAUCAGCAAUCAUUAUUCAUUAAGUGCCUACUGUAUGCCAGGUACCAUGUUCUUCUGACUUUUCACAAUUUAUUGUAACAAAGUCAAGGUAGAUCUGCCAACCAUCCUGAGCCCAGAGAUUUUUACAAGAUUAAAAAAGACUGUUUAGUUGCAUAUUACCUCCCCUACCUCUAAGGAAGGUUAAAUACUUGCUGGAAAGUCAUAGGGAUAGUGUUUUUUCAGACCAGACAUUGCUCAUCAGAGAACUAAACCUUCUCAUCAUCUCCAGUCAUCCUGCUCUAUAUCUGGCCACUGGACCCAGGAGGAGGAGAAAGUGAAGCUGGUGACUUUGCAC